AUUAACAAAAGACACAUCUCUUUACGUUGUUGCUUUUUUUAGGCUACAACAAAGAGGGUCUAACCCCUAGAAAAUAAAAGGGUUCGACCCAAUAAUUAAGACCUUCUUUCAUAGUUAGAAGAAGAAAAAACGCACGACAACAAAUUCCUUAGAAAAAAUCAACUAAUUAAAUCAUUAUAUUCUUUAAUGGAAGCAACUAACUUUAUAUAUUUGUCUUUGUUACUAUUUUCCACAUUUUUUGUGGCAAUAAAUGGGCACAUUGGUGAGUUUGAUGAGGUUUGGAGGAGAAGAGCCCAAGAAGCAGACGAAUGGGCCCAAAAGGCCUAUAAGCCCGACCCGAUGAAUGUCACUUUUGCAUUUGCCAAGCAAACUAAGAAAACCGUGACGGAAAUAAAGGAAUCAAGGGUACCUCUAAAUGGAACAAGAAGAGAGCUAAGAGGGAAAAGAAGAGACGAUGGUCCUUGUUUAGCCACCAACCCAAUUGAUAGUUGUUGGAGAUGCCAAGGAAAUUGGGCAGAUAAUCGUAAAAGGCUAGCAGAUUGUGCAAUGGGCUUUGCAAAAGGUACCACUGGUGGAAAAGACGGCGAAAUCUACGUCGUAACGGACAAUUCCGAUGACAGUAGCAACCCUAAACCAGGAACACUGCGUUAUGGUGUCAUUCAAAAGCAGCCAUUGUGGAUCAUUUUUGCUAGAAGCAUGAACAUUAGGCUAACACAAGAGCUCAUAAUGCAAAGUGACAAGACUAUUGAUGGUCGUGGAGUUAUCGUUCACAUUGCAAAUGGAGCAGGUAUAAUGUUGCAGUACGUGAAGAAUGUGAUCAUCCAUGGUCUGCGCAUUCACGACAUCCAUGUAGGCAGUGGGGGGAUGAUCAGGGACGCAGUAGACCACAUUGGACAACGAACACAGAGCGAUGGAGAUGGUAUUUCGAUAUUUGGUUCGUCGAAUAUAUGGGUGGAUCAUGUGUCAAUGAGGAGUUGUUACGAUGGGCUUAUUGAUGCUGUUGAGGGAUCCACGGCUAUUACAAUAUCCAACAGUCACUUCACUGAUCAUAAUGAAGUGAUGCUUUUUGGUGCAAGUGAUAGUUCUUCAAUUGAUCAAAGGAUGCAAAUAACUGUGGCUUUUAAUCAUUUUGGGAAGAGAUUAAUACAGAGAAUGCCAAGGUGUAGAUGGGGUUUUAUUCAUGUUGUUAACAAUGAUUACACACAUUGGAAUAUGUAUGCUAUUGGUGGCAGCCAACAUCCCAUUAUUAUUAGCCAGGGUAACCGUUUCGUUGCUCCUCCUAAUGACGCGUUCAAGAAAGAGGUAACAAAGAGAGAUUAUUCCCCAGAAUCAGUGUGGAAACAGUGGCCAUGGAGAUCACAAGGUGAUCUAUUCAUGAAUGGAGCAUUCUUUGUUGAAUCUGGAGAUCCAGAUUGGACCAAGAAACACUUUGAACUUUUUGAUGGGAUUUCAUCAGCCCCAGGGGAUCAAGUCACUUGGAUUACAAGGUUUUCAGGGGCACUAAAUUGCAAGAUAGGACAACCUUGUUAAGAGUGUUUUUAUUUCUCCUACACAUACAUAUUAUCAUCAUAGCAAAACCAUUGUCAUCAUCAUACGUGUCCUUAAUUUUAAGUACGUUGUAUGUAUUUACUGUAUCAAAAUUCCUUUGUAAUUUUGAGUUGUUAAGGACUACAAAAGCACAACGAAAUGAAAAUUGCAAAUUCGUACCAA